AUAACUCCGUCGGACUCUGCUCGUACGCUGCGUUUACUCCAAGCCAUCACCUACUUCAUGGAUCACCAACAGUCAACUGCUUCAUGUGGUAAAUUAUAUCCCGCGCUGCCCAUCCUCUUUUCCAGUCCGAAACGAUAGUUUGGUCACUGAAGGAGGCUCGCCACAAUCAUCCAGAUCUGACACCAAGGCCUAUUGUUGCACUUGAGGAAUCCGUUGUCAAUCGCAUUGCGGCUGGCGAGGUAUGCUCGUUCCAUAUGACUGUCGUCCGAACUCGAAAGCCGCAAUUGCCCUGUGCUACGUGACUGCUAGGCCACAGAAAGGAUGAUAUCCUUGUUUUACUUUUUUGUUUGUUAGAUUAUUAUUAGGCCUGCCAAUGCAAUCAAAGAAUUGCUCGAGAACUGUAUCGAUGCUGGGGCAACCAGUGUCAAGAUCACUGUGAAGGAUGGCGGAGCAAAGAUGCUCCAGAUUCAAGACAAUGGCUCUGGCAUCAGGAAAGCCGACUUAGGAAUCCUUUGUGAACGGUUCACAACCUCAAAGAUCCGCAAGUUCGAUGAUCUGAGCUCCCUGUGUACUUACGGAUUUCGAGGCGAGGCCUUAGCUUCAAUAUCACACAUCGCUCACCUCACCAUUGCAACGAAGACCCGUUCCGAAGGAGUCGGCUGGAAGGCCCAAUACUCGGAUGGAAAGUUGGCCCCAUUGAAGGCUGGCGGACCAUCAGAUCCACAACCUUGUGCCGGAAACGACGGCACUAUGAUCACGGUUGAAGAUAUGUUCUACAAUGUCCCUCAACGCAGAAAAGCAUUACAAAGUCCAUCCGAUGAAUAUCGCAAAAUCCUGGAUGUCGUCACCAGGUACGCCAUACAUAAUCAGGGCGUCGCGAUUUCUUGCAAAAAAACUGGCUCUGCUUCUCCCGAUGUCAACACCACAGCAAGUGCUACCAUCCUAGAAACGAUCGGUCGGCUAUUUUCCGAAACCCUCAAGAAAGAGUUGAUGCAUCUUGAAUUUACAGACAAGAAGCUUGGCUUCAAAGUAGAAGGUUACUUUUCUACUGCAAAUUACAAUGCCAAGAAAGCCAUCACAAUGAUCUUCAUAAACAACCGGCUUGUGGACUGCAGUCCAUUGCGAAAGUCUCUCGAAAUCACGUAUCAAUCGAUUCUCCCAAAAGGCAAUUUCCCCUUCAUAUACAUCUCCUUGGAGAUUGCGCCUGAUCGAGUAGAUCCAAAUGUCCAUCCAAACAAGAAGGAAGUCCAUUUUUUGGAUCAGGAUGAGAUCGUCGAACGGAUUUGUGAUAAGUUGAACGUUUUUUUAGCUGGAUCAAACUCCAGUCGAUCUUACAACGUCCAGACGCUUCUACCGAUGGCCACUCCUGAUGACAAGGGAAUCAAUAGCUCGCAGACCAAUACAAGUCAAUCUAAAACUUCAAAGUCCGCCAAAGUAUUGCCUCAAAAGUUGGUUCGAACUGAUCAUCGUAGCCAAACACUCCAAUCUAUGUUGCGCCGGCCUACUGGUUUAAGCGGGGAUGAUCUUACUCCCGGCCCCUCCAACUCCACCGAAGACUUAAUUAGUUCACAGAUGCCUGCACUCAGUAAUAACUCAAGCUCUCAAGCUCCGCAGUCCAUAAGCCAUACGAUCAAAAUUGAAGAGAGUCGUUGUCUCCUCAAGAGUAUUCAGGAUCUGAGACAAGAAAUAAAAUUAAAGAAUGAUGAUGAUCUGGAAAACCUGAUCAGAUAUCACACGUUUGUCGGUGUUGUGGAUACUCAGAAAGGUUAUUCAUGCAUUCAACAUGAGACCCGGCUUCAUAUGCUCUACCACUUCUCUUUCUGUGAGGAACUGUUUUAUCAAUUAGGUGUACGCCAAUUUGGAUCAUUUGACCGAAUCCAAUUGAAGCCGGCUGUACCUGUCCAGACACUCGUCACAUUGGCCGUGGACAGUGAACCAAGCGAAUACCUUGAUGAGAUUGGCAGGAGUCAUGCAGUACAAAAAAUCUGUGAGAGGUUAUAUUCCAAGGCAGAAAUGCUGGAUGAAUAUUUCUCAUUCCAAAUCGAUCCAGCCAGUGGCACUCUGAUUACUCUUCCGGUUUUAUUGCCUGAACAUGUCCCAAACAUGGAAAAGCUACCAUUAUUUCUUGUUCGUGUGGCUGUAGAAUGUGAUUGGACAGAUGAAAUGAGCUGUUUUUCCAGCUUCCUCCGCGAGUUGGCGUUUUUCUACACACCAAGCAGCUUGCCCCUGGAAUCCAUGAGUGAGGAGCAGAUACAGGCGACUGAUGAGGACGAGAAGGAGCAGCUUAAACAGCUCAUCUUUCCCUCGAUGAAGAGAUACCUUGCUCCGCCUUCUGAUCUCAGAAAUGACGUGAAGCAAGUCACCUCCUUGCCUGAGCUUUAUAAGGUCUUUGAAAGGUGUUGAUCAACUCAUGCUCUUGUAACAAAAUACAUCAAAUUUGGAUGUAAAACUAGACCCAAUGUAUACAGUCAACUCAAGCUUGGCUGCAAUGUGAACAUAAAAAUUGCAAAAAAAAGACUCUGCAUGAUCUGCAUGGUUUCAUUACAUUUGAUCUUAUUUGGCAUUAGAGGAAGUUUUCUCUUAUUUGGCUUAUAUCCAUGCAAAGACAGUCAAGUGGUCACAAUACUACAA